AGGGGGACCAAUAAAACUUUUGUAAUUUCACAUACUCAACACAUGUUCCUCCUCCAUCUUCUUCAUCAUCUUCAUCUUCUUCAUCAUCUUCAUCUUCAUUUUUGACCACAUCAAUGGCUUCCACCUCAUCCUCUUCCUCCACAUCCUCUUCAUCAAACCACCCCCAUAACCACAAAUCCAUACACCCUCACCUUUUAAUCCACCUCAUAACUUCAAUAACCCACCACAUAAACUCGCUAAUAUCCGACCACAAAACACGCAAACUUCUACAAACAAAAUGCACGUCAAAGAUAACCAAUAUUCAUACCAACAAUUCGUUCGACUUCUCCGAACAAACUGUUUUAUCGAAUUUUGUUUAUGGAAUAAUGAAAGCUGAACACGCAAUCGACUCGGCAAAUCCUAAGCAUGUUGAAGCAGCUGAGCAUAUGCUCCAGGCGCCAGCGUCAUUGAGCGAGAACGGAGUAACCGUUGGAAUAUCCAACGGUUAUUUGAUUUGUUACUCAUAUUUUUAUCUAGGUUUGUUGAGAAUGGUCCAGGGGGAUGCGAUGCAAGUGGCGGUGAAUGUUUUGCAAGCGAUGGUGGUGGCGCCGUGGCUGGUUAGGGCGGAGGUGGCGCCGGAGAUGUAUAGGGUGGUGGUUGAGGAGUGUAUUGGGGAGUUGGGAUUGGAUAUUGGGGAUGGGGAUUGGGAUGAGGAUAGGGAUGGGUUUGAGGGUGUGAGAGAGGGUGCGAUAAGGUUUAAGGCGUGGUUGAUGUAUUAUCAGGUUGUUGGGUAUGGAGGGUCUCCUUUGUUGAUGAAGCAUAAAUCUCAUGAGAUGAGAAACACAAAGGCCUGCAGUACUUCAUCCUCAAAUUUGUAUCAGCAUAAUCAUCAAAAUUAUGUAAAGGUGCAUCCUAUUGAUCUUCAACAAAAAACAAAUGCUGCAAUUGUAGAAAGUUCUGUUUCAAAGAGAGUUUUCGAAAACUCGAGUCUCAAACGUCUUCAAGAUCUUCUCAUGGAAGAUCAGUCAGAGGCUGAAUCUAUAUAUUCAGGCACCAGUGGUUUUGGUGAUGAUGAUUUUGAGGAAUACGCAGAUGAAUUCGAUAGAUCAUUAAGAACCUUACAUAUAGCUGCAGAACAGCAACUGGAAACAACAAUCACAACGUCGAAAUCAUCAGAAUUUUGGAACUGUUUAGAAGACGACGACGAAAAACCAACAUGGGAAAACUUUCAAAUCUCCCAAUGGAAACACACCCAAGAAAAAUCAAACACGAGAGACGAAUUUAUAUUUAGCGGCGAAAAUAGUUACAGGGUUGAACAAGCUGAGAUUGUUCAGAAAGUAAUUUCAAAACUAUGUUUCUCCGAAAAACUGGGACAACCUUUUAUUAACGAUGAUUUCGAUGAUGACAACAACAAUGACGAUGAUGAUGAUUCGACGACGGCUGAAAUUACAGCUGUUUACGAAAUGUUAGCAAACAAACCGGGGUUGAAAUACUCGUUACUAAAAGACGUAAUAUUAGAUCAGUUACUAAUGGCGUUAUCAACUUCAAAGGAACAAGGGGUGACAAGAGCAUCAGUUUCCAUACUUUCAAGUAUUAUUUCAUCGAAUCGGUUAGUGAUCGAUGACAUAAAGAAAAAAGGGUUAAAACUUCAUGAUCUCGCAAACGCUUUGAAAAGAGACGUUUACGAAGCAGUGGUAUUGAUUUAUUUAAUAAACCCGUCGCCAAACGAGAUCAAGAAUCUUGAACUCAUGCCGACGUUAGUUAAGAUCAUUUGUUCUUCGAGCUGUUUCACGAGUAACGUAAAGUCACUUUUUGUGACACCUCAUUCGGCGUCACUAAUGAUUAUUCAAGCGUUGGUGACUGCUUUUGAUAACUCUACGAACGCCACUCAUUUGGCGGCGAUUACUUCACCGAAAGUGAUUUCAUGUCUUGUUAAUGUUCCGAGAAAUGGUAAUUUAGAUGAAGGUGCGUCUUUGGCUGCGAUUCUUGUGAAGUGUAUGCGAUUUGAUGGACAAUGUAGAUACCAUAUUUCGCAGCUUACACCCGUUUCUCCAUUCAUUUCUCUCAUAUUAAGCAACCACAAGGAUGCCAUAGUUGUAGGACUUGAAUUCUACCAUGAACUACUAAGAAUGCCGCGAUCAUCGUCGGUAAAUCUACUACAACAACUACGGGAAAAAGGUGGUAUCGACAUUAUGUGUGUUUUAUUGCUUGCCAUCCAACAAACACAACAAGAAUAUAAGCUUUUAGCAGCUAGUUUGUUGCUUCAGUUGGAGGUUCUGGAAGAAUCAGUCGAUAAGAUUCUGAACCGGGAAGUUGCGAUUCAGACCCUUCUAGAGUCACUAAAAUGUGAAGAAGAUUCAGAUUUACAGCAAUUGGCAGCAUUCAUAUUAUCGAAUAUUGGAGGAACGUAUGCAUGGACCGGAGAACCAUACACAAUAGCUUGGUUGGUAAAGAAGGCUGGCUUGAGUUCAAUGUCACACAAGAAUAUUGUCAAAAACAUUGAUUGGUCAGAUGAUACACUCCAGGAAAAUGGGACAGAAGUAUGGUCCGGGAAGGUUGCACGACACAUAAUAAAACUCGGGAAUCCUGUUUUUGACGCGUUAAAAAAGGGAUUAAAAAGCAAAAACAAAAGAACCUCAAGAGACUGCCUCACAACAAUUGCAUGGAUCGGGUGUGAAAUCGUUAAGGGUCCCGAUGAUUUGAGAUGUUCCGCUUGUGACAUUUUGUUAAGCGCAAUUGAGCAAUAUGUGCAUCCGGGAAUGGAACUUGAAGAAAGACUUUUAGCAUGUUUGUGCAUAUAUAACUACACUUUUGGUAGAGGCAUGCAGAAACUGACUCAACUUUCAGAGGGUGUAAGAGAGUCACUCCGACGCCUUUCAAGUAUAACAUGGAUGGCAGAGGAAUUGUUGAAAGUUGCAGAUUAUUAUAUGCCCAAUAAAUGGCGAAUAUCUUGUGUACACACGCAACUUUUGGAGGCAAAGUACAAUGGCAGCGGAGCUGUGAAUUCUCUCAUUUACUAUAGGGGACAUCUUUUUAGUGGAUACUCAAACGGGUCAAUUAAGGUUUGGGACAUCAAGGGGCAGACAAUGACUCUUAUAGCCGAUUUUAAGGAGCACAAGAAGGCGGUGACAUGUUUUGCGCUUUUGGAACCGGGAAAUUACCUUUUGAGUGGAUCUGCUGAUAAAACAAUAAGGGUAUGGCAAAUGUUUGAAAGGACAGUUGAAUGUGUUGAAGUAAUAACAACCAAAGACUCCAUUCAAAGUCUGGAAACUUGUGGUGAAAUGAUUUUUGCAGUUACACACAACCAUAAACUGAAGGUUUUUGAUUCAUCUCGAAAGGCGAAAGAUAUAUUCAAGAACAAGAAUGUGAAAUGCAUAAGGGCUAGCCAAGGGAAACUUUACAUAGGGUGCAUGGACUCAAGCAUACAGGAGUUAGUUACUGGAAACAACCGACAACAAGAAAUCAAAGCUCCGUCUAAGAGUUGGAGAAUGCAAAACAAGCCUAUUAGUUCGAUAUGUCUUCACAAAGACUGGUUAUAUAGUGCAAGUAUAUGUAUAGAUGGAUCAAGAAUUAAGGACUGGCGAAGACAGAGCAAGGCUCAAGUGUCUAUAGUGCUAGAGAAAGGAUCAAAUGUUGUCGCGAUGAGCGCAGUAGAAGACUUUAUAUACUUAAACACGAGUUGUUCAUCAAGCAACGUAGAGAUUUGGUUAAGAGGGACACAACAUAAAGUUGGAAGGUUAUCAGCAGGCAGCAAGAUAACAAGCAUGCUUACAGCCAAUGACAUGAUUUUAUGUGGUACUGAAUCAGGGUUAAUCAAGGGUUGGAUUCCGCUUUGAUAUGCUAUGGGAUGCGAUGCUAAGGUUGAGUACAUAUCAUGCCGUAAAUAUAUAAAAGGAAAAUUGGGCUGCACAUAUAUAAUGUACAUGAGUUGCAUACGACAAUCAUAUAUCUCAACACAAUUCAUCUCCACUUUCAAAAACUUAAAAGAAACUUGGAGAAGCGAGGAAGUGAUCGAUUGUAUUUGGUUAUUAACACAAUAUAUUGAUAAUAAUAUAUAUUUGUAUGUAUUUUUAAUGAUGGAACUUCUAUAUUUUUAUGUGUAUUUACUAUUUAGUA